AUGUUCCAGCCAUGGGGACUGGUAUUUCUCUGGGGUUUUCUUAUGAUGCCCCCAGCCCAAGCAGAACCAAGAGGCCAGGCAGUUUUGAACAUUGGUCCAGAAAUCCUCAACAAAGUUUUUUUCCAGGAACUUAAAAAUCAAGAUGUUAUUGAGAUCCUAAAAAACUUGCCUCUCUAUGAAGCCAUGAAGAAGAAUCAGGUCAGCAGCAUCCCUUUGAUUGGAGACCUUGUCAGCAGUUUUCUGAAGCAAAUUGUAUGGCUGCGAGUCACUGAGGCCAGCAUUCCCAAGUUGGCAUUUCAACUUUCUGAGAAGGGUCAUCUCCAGAUCAGGAUCCCCAUGGAUAUGGUGGCUGGCUUAAACACCAUAAUUUCCAAAAAACUCAUUGAGCUGCACAUGGAAGUUGCUAUCAUAGCUGAAGUAUCUACGGUAACUGACGUUCCAGGGAAUUCUCAUGUAGUCCUCAGCCAGUGUACUGACAUCCCCAGUAACUUACGCAUCGAACUUCUACAAACGUUCUCCUUUGCAAUCAACAUCUUGGCUAACAAGGUCAUUGAUGCUCUAAUGCCAACACUGCCCACAUUAGUGAAAAGAGAGGUAUGCCCAGUCAUUGAAAGGGCUUUUAAGAGCAUGACUUCCAAAAUCAACAUUUGGGCAACCUUACCAGUGCCAAUUGGAUCCAAUUUUAUGGAUUUUGAGGUCCUAUCAUCUUCAAUUGUGGACAACACCUUUCAGCUAGAUCUGAAUGCUCAGCUUCUGGACAUGGGAGGAAAGUUGAUGAAGGUCUUCAAUGAUUCCCAGGGCUCUCUGACAGUGCCCAAGAUGGAUGGCUUGAAGUUCAAUUUCAUAGUGAGACAGGAUGUGGUGAGUGCCGCCAUUGGAGCACUCCUUCCCCCCAAGGAGCUAGCAGUUCUUCUGGACUCUGUGCUUCCUGAGCUGGCUCGUGAACUGAAAUCAAUUCUCAAUAACAUCAACCCAACGGCUUCUGAACAGUUGGGACCAACUCAGAUUGUGAAGAUCUUCACCCAGGAACCUCCAGAGAUCAUCCUGAAAGUUGGCAGUGCCAGGGUACUCCAGCUGAUUGUAUUUGAAGUGUUUGCUACUAACCAAGCUACCCGGCCUCUUUUCACUCUGGGCAUUGAAACAAGUUCUGACGGUCAAUUCUACACUGAGGAGAGCAGACUCUAUCUCAACAUCAAAGGAAUCAGCUCUGAUCACAUCUAUCUGAUGAACUCAGGAACAGGCUUGUUCAGUCCUGAACUUUUGGGGAGCGUGAUAAACGAAAUCUUACUCUCCGUGUUGUUGCCAAACCAGAAUGGUGUGUUGCGAGAUGGGAUUUCCUUGUCCGCCUUUAGGGAAUAUGGAUUUGAUGAAGCCAAAGUGAUUCCUAUACAGGGUGCACUCCUGAUCACUCCAGCCUAACCCUAGAAUACCUGCUGCUCCUGGCUCAACAGACCCAUUGAUAGAAGGAAGUCAGAAGAAAUCACCAAGUUUGCAUCUAAAUUGGACUUGAAGAGAGCUG